CCCCGCGCCGCCCGGGCGGGCGGCACCCCUACGCGCCGCGGGCUCCAUCUUGAGCGCCGGGCCGCGCCGGUGAGCCGCGCCGCGGAGCCCCCGCCCUACCCCGGCGCCGCGCCGCCCCGCCCCGAGGAGAUGGGCAAGGUCUGCGCCAUUUUUGGAGGAUCCCGAGGAAUAGGAAAAGCUGUUGCAGAACUAUUGGCACAGAAAGGCUGCCGCCUGGCGAUUAUUGCUAGAAAUCUGGAAGUAGCCCAAACUACUGCACGUAGUCUUGGUGCGGGACAUCUGGCACUUAGCUGUGAUGUAUCCAGAGAACAAGAAGUCCAAAAUACUUUUGAGGAGAUACAGAGGAAUUUAGGUCCCAUUAACUACUUGGUUAAUGCAGCUGCGAUCAACAGGGAUGGCUUGUUACUGAGAACCAAGACUGAAGAUAUGAUAUCCCAGAUUCACACUAACCUUUUGGGAACAAUGUUGACAUGCAAAGCUGCUGUAAAAAGUAUGAUUCAACAACAAGGAGGUGCUAUUGUUAAUAUCGGAAGUGUUGUAGGACUUAAAGGCAACUCUGGUCAAAGUGUAUACAGUGCUAGCAAAGCAGGAGUAGUUGGAUUUUCACGGUCUCUUGCUAAAGAAGUAGCAAGAAAGCAAAUUCGAGUCAACGUGGUUGCUCCAGGCUUUGUUCACACAGAGAUGACUGCUCAUUUGGAAGAAGAUGAGUUGAAGAAAGCAAUUCCUCUUGGAAGAUUUGGAGACCCUCAUGAAGUUGCACACGCUGUUUUAUUUCUUCUAGAGUCCCCUUAUGUUACAGGGAGUACUUUAGUUGUAGAUGGAGGCUUGCAGCUUCUGACUUAAAUACUACCUUGAAUAAGUGCCUACGUAAAUGUCACGAUGAUAACCUAUAAAUGUAUACUAAUUAAUGAGAGGGAAAUUAAUUAAAGAUUCACAGGCGUGAUUAACUUGAUAUUCUUUAGUCGGAGGAGUAAUUCAUCAGGAGUAAAGUAAGGUGUGUAUGUUUAGCUGCCUGGAAGAGUCCAUUUGGUAGUAUGAAGUCUGUGUAUGUAACAAUUUUAAAAGGAUCUGGUUUUGGUAUGGUGGUACUUUUAAGUAACAUCCUGAUAAAUUUUUGAAGUGCUAUAUUUUUAUAAAGUAAUGUUUUCCAGUGUUUUUUUGGGAUAGAGUGGAGACUGUAUUCUGAAUUAUCAUGUUACACAAAGAUUAAUAAAGUGCAGAGACGUGUAUUGGUUGGCAGUUAUGAUUGCAUCAAGUUUUGCAUGUAAGCUGAUGACUGUGAACAGUAAAAUUUUUUAUUCUUAUCAGUCAGGCCUUACAAAGCGGCAAAGAGUUUUCUUUGGUUUUUGUUUGUUUGUAGCUGAAACUACAAAGCUGGAAGAUUCUGGAUCUCCAGCAUACCUGAACUGCCUUUAGGAGAUGUAAUUAUAUGCAUGCAAUUAUAUAUGCAUACAUAGUAUGUAAUAUAUAAAAAUUAUAUAUUUUUAUAAAAACAAACUUUGUAAUUCUAUUCUUAAAUGUACGUACAGCACUUAUUUAAUUCAGUUGCACUCGAGUAUAAUGAAGGAGUGUUGAUUGGUCACUAGAGUUGCUAAUUCUGUGGUAUUCUGAGUUUCAAUGACACUUGGGCUGGCCACUGGUGAAGAGCAGGGUUGCAGGCCUUGCCGCAUAAAAGUCUUUUCAGUGACUCAGUACGUGUUGAGAAAACAAGUAUCGCUUCCAAAGUGUGAAGUCAAGGUGCACUGCUGUGUAUCUUCCUUAAUGCUCAGCUCAGCUAUGUUAUGUUGAUGCUCUUUAAUAUGUAUGUAUAGUCAAUAAAAUAGCUGUUUAUUUGAUUCAAA